AAUCUUCGUCCUGUAGUUCGAACAACAGCCGUCAGAGGCGCCGCGCUUCUCUUGUUUACUGUUAGGCGCAGGGAAGAGGAGAGGACAGUUGUGUCCUGUGGGCUUGCCCAGCUGCGCGCUGCCUCAGCUCGAUCCUCCGUGUCUCAGCAGGAGCAAAUAGCUGCCAGUGUCCAGUGGCGGUGUGAACAUCCACCGUCGUUCUGCCUAUGGAGUCCGACGCAGAAGAAGCAGCAGCAGCUCGGGCGCCGCAACCCGCGGCAGAAGAGCAUAUCGCUGGGGUCUCUGGAGGGGAAGUGCAGAGCCAAAAGAGACGCCGCAGACGUCGGCAACGGAGGAGGGCCUCGCAGCCGGAAGGACAGACUACGUAUGCAGAAGCGCCUGCUUCCAGCGUAAGACUGUCUUCUCCUUCUGCUGGAUAUGCCGAGUUCACCACUCAUGGUGAGAACAUCCAGAGUGUCGUGCAUGCACCAAACUCGUACCAACCUGGCUUCAGCAUAUCUACCUCUGACGUGAAUAACCAGGCGCUGCGGCAAAUCGACCUUGGGCGAAGUACGUCGCAGUUGGAAAGCUCGCAGGACAUUCCACCACCAUCUCAGUCCCGAGACGCAGGUGCCGCGCAGCAACUCAGCCGUUCAGCAAAGAAGCGUCGCAAGCGACAGGCACGGAAAAACUCACUUCGUGGACUGACCACGGAACUGAACAAGGGUUGUUCGAACCCUGAGACAGGUGACGCAGGCAAAACUAAUACCGAAGGGCUUAAUGGAAAGCCUGUGAGGGGCGACGAAGGAGAAACAGAUAAAGGCCCUGGUGGUAGCACGUCACCGACACAGCAGCCUCUUGAGGCCGAUGGUCAACCACGUACAGCAGCACAAAGUGGCAGCAUCUCGUCGGAACUGCAGGCUCUGAAGGGCGACGAAAGUGAAACACAUACAGAAGGGCCUAGUGGCAGCGUUUCCACAGAGCAGCCUGCAGUUAGCGGAGGAGGAGAAACGCGUACAGGCCUGCCACAUAGGUCUCAGCUGGGUGUUUGGCACGGGCGUCACGAUGUCUCCCCUCUUCUGAGCGCACUGAGCCCAAGCACAAGCUACCUGUCGACCUUUCCCAGUAUACAGGAAACAAGCAAACGUAUCCGCUUCGGGACAAGUCCCCGUACUACCUCUCAGUCAAAGUAUCAGGGCAGACGCCAGAAGGAUAUUAACUCUUCACCUGAUGAUGUACAGCAGAAAGAACUUCCAGGAGUCCGGGAAGAUACGCAGAGUGUAGAAGUCAAUCCUAGCGAGUGCUCCAAUUCAACAGAAUUGAUAGGUUCACGCAGUAAAGAUGAGGCUAGUGGUAACGGUAGCGAUGAAUCAGAUUCACCCGCCACAGGAUCUUUCAGGUCUUCUGUCGACCUAAAUGACGUGUUCGAGGACAAUUUACGAGAUAUUAAACUGGAGAGGGACAGGGAAGACUACAUCUUGACUGUGGUUCGCAACCUUUCGUUAAUGGCAUCUGCCCUGAUCGGCCAACUAACUCAAUCGAUCAGAGAAAUUUUCGGCGAUCAGGUAGAUGAUCAAGGAGAUGGACCGCCUGAUGGAAUAUUCGUUGAUCUCGUAAUCGAUGACGGAGCCGGGCUGCCUAAUGGAAUUUUCGGUAAUGACGUAGUUAAUGGAGCAGAACCUUUUAAUGGAAUUUUCGGUGGCCCAAUAGUUGAAUUAGGACAACCUAAUGACAUUUUAGGUCAUCUGGUAGCUCCUGAUGGAGCAGGACAGCCGAAUGGCAUUUUCGGUCAUCCGAUAGCGCCUGAUCAAGGAGCAGGACCGCCUAAUGGCAUUUUCGGUCCUGCAGUUGUUCCUGAUGGAGCAGGACCGCCUAAUGGCAUUUUCGGUCCUGCAGUUGUUCCUGAUGGAGCAGGACCGCCUAAUGGCAUUUUCGGUCCUGCAGUUGUUCCUGAUGGAGCAGGACCGCCUAAUGGAAUUCCGCAUUUGGGGCCUGGAGAAAUCCAAGUUCCUCCGUAUAACUUUACCCAUGAGCGUCGGUUGCAAAGCUUAAGAAUCUAUUUGUACGAGACCUGUUCAGACUUUUCCGCGCAAGAGACAUUUGCGGAGAUGGUGGUCGAAGGACAGCAGGCACCAGCAGCAGUCGAAGAGCUUGCUGAACAGUUGUUUGCUUCGGCAGUCUCGGACGAACAGUCUGAACCGGCGAUUCAGAGUGCACAAGAGGGGGCCGUGGAGGAUCCAACUUACCAAGGAUACUCACUAUGGAAUUUGCCACUGGAGCAGCAACACACUGCGUCGUUUGAAGCAGACGCCAGUAGCAGUAAAACCACCCAAGGGGAGGAGGUUGUACAGACCUCUAAGCAGCCGUGUUCCACUGAGAGUGAAAUCGAAGAGACGUCCCCUCAAAGACUACUACUCCGUAGAUUUGAAUCAGAUAUCAUAGCUCUAGCAUCUAUUCGCCUGUAUAAAAUGAGGGCUACCUGCAGACUGUUGUUAAACGGCCUCGCGUCUCUGUUGAACAUAAUCAGCCUGGCGCUGGAGGCCUACAGAGCGGUACAUCAACUCAUCGGGCGUGUGAUCCAUUCUCAGUACGCUGCCAUAAACGGUGUCGUCGGUUUGGUCACCGACGCUGCUACUGCGACGUCAGAGCUCCUGCACAAUGCAUUGUGUGACGCUGAGAGAGCACUGCGUUGUCACUUCAAUUUCUCGUUGGCCCUUAAGGAAAUGGACAGGUUGCUCACCAUUCUUCAACAGGAGUAUCCGUCCGCCGAUGAGAUCGCAGACAGGCCUACCCUUAUCGAAAGUUUGUUGACUCUCCUGGAACGGAAUUCCGCCAUUAUUAAUUUGGAGUGGCUAAAGACCGAAGAUGCUGCUACUGGAUCUGCAAGUGCUGUUGCGUCGACGUCCCAAGAUGAGGGCGCUGCUGCAGAGAAUGGAGCAAGUCCCCUCGAGACACCGUCGGAUGGUUUCGAAUCUAUUCUGUUAGCUAGUCGCUCGGCUGUAGAGGCUGUGGAAGCAGCGAUGAUGCCUCUGGACGUGAUGUACGUUGCUGAACACGAAGAUACAGAUAACGGUGAAUAAGAAAUAAGGACUGGGUACCAACUGUCAUCCGGCAAACAAGCAGGUGCGUAGGGAGAAAAAUUGCAACACCAUUUACCCCCAUAAAAUUGAUUCAUUCAGGAAACAAGGAUGUGCCUUCAGUUGACAAGUCCAAUUACAGGACAACGGAAAUAAAUUUCACGUACGCAUCUAUUAAGAUUCAGACGUAAUUGUAAAGCAAAAAAUUAUACAAAACUUUUGUCUUGCAUUUUUGUUACUAUAUUCACAUCAGUAACGUAUUUAAAACAAAACAAAUGUGAGUUUUCUUUGCAGUGCGACGACAUAAGACUGUAGGGUAAUAGGCUGUAGCAACUCAGCUGACCCACAAAUGACAGUCCUACCCCAUAAGUCUCGUGCAGUUUGUAGCGUUAAUUCACGAACCUCGUGCAGUGCACUUAUUAAAUGACUGUUAACACAAAUGAAGAUUUCGAAUGCUGUGGUUUCGUCGACUGCGUACCUUUGAGAUUUGCACAGAGUAGAAAAAAGCAUGGGAAAACGUUGUGCAUGAGAACACUGGCUUUCAUUAGAAUAGAGCGUAUCGGUCGGCAUCAUUUUUUUAUCUUGGGCUCCACGAGAACUGAAGGCGACAGCUGACAAACUGCUCUUAUCUAAAGCUACUUCAUCAGCUCUGAGUACGGGAAUAAGAGAUUAAUUUACCUGACAGUCAGCGUAGUUUUUGUAAUCCCAGAAUGGCUUCUUAGACCUUGUUCUUCUAAGGCACACUGCGGGUGUAUUUCAUCCGACCAACCUGAUGGGGCUUUCUGUGUUUUCUCCGUAUCACACACUGCUGGGAAAAUGUUAGUAACAUGGGGAGAUGGCAUCGAUUUUGAUCCGAUGACGACAUAGGCCACUUGGGCUAUAGAUAAUGUACUGAUAAUAGUUUCAAAGUCAUCCGCCAGCAAUAGCGUAGUGGUAAAGCAACCAGGGCGCCAUCAGUGUCUACCCUUUAAUACGGAACGCUCGCAGUCAGAAGGUAUGUGGUGGAAGAGUGAAGCAAGCACGCAGGCAGCUAUGCCACAGAGGCACACUUGAGCUUCCUGCAACCAACUCAACUAAUUUGAGAGGGGUCAAAUUUUCGCACCUGUAGAUGCUGUGGAUAUCCGUGCAGCACGGACGCAAGUACGAGUCUUUGUACAGUAGGGGCAGCAGCGGCAGAUCUUACAGCUACGACAGCACUGAUAAGGACUCGUGAGCCCAGUUGGGUCAAAACGGAUUUGAACCGGUGGGACUACAUGUACACACGCUUUUAGCUCGUCUUCCACGCCACACUGACGUGCACAGCUCUAUCGGUACCGUCACCGGUUCACCUGCAAGAGGAAAUGGCGCGCCACGGUCGACAGCUAUGAAAGGUGAUUCACUCUGAACGCAAAUUACGUCCCUUCGCUCUUAACGACGUAGACCUGGUGAACGUUGUCUCGUAGAGCGUAUCAUUCCAAAACAUACUAGACCCACCAAAGGCCUUAUGGUUUGGGUU